AUGAUGGUCAACUUGAUCUCCCUCGCGCUUCCGCUGGCCUUUGCAACCAUUGCGGUGGCACGGGUGUGCCAGAACCUCACGGUCGAUGUCUCGAUCACGUCGAAGAACGGCGUCUACAACAUCUCGGUCCCCGAGACCAACAUCGAUGUCACAAACAUCAUGAUUGGCCUCUCAACUCAGUCAAACGACUUUUCAGCAGAUUACUUCGUCGGUUACGCCAACGUCAGCGGCACUUACCAGCUUGCAUCAACAUAUUGUGAACCCGAUUCAGGCCCUGGUCGUGUGCUCCAGAUCCUUACCCACGGCGUCGGCUUUGACCGUAGUUACUGGGACUUCCCAGCCAACGGCUAUAACUAUAGCUAUGUGGCCCCUGUUGUUGACGACCACGGCUACUCGACUUUCUCCUGGGACCGCGUCGGUAUCGCUGAGUCGACACGUGGCGACCCUAUCAACGAAAUUCAAGGCUGGCUUGAGGUCGCUGCUCUCAAGGCACUGACGGAUAAGCUGCGCGCUGGCACCAUCCCAGAGGUUGGCUCUACGUUUGACAAGAUUGUCCACGUCGGUCACUCGCUUGGGUCGAUCCACACGUACGCGCUGACAGCAGCAUACCCAGACAUCUCAGACGGCAUUAUCCUGACAGGGUUUGCACCAAACGUAACCUUUAUUACAGCCCUUUUGCUUGGCGGCGCCUUUGUCCAGGCUAGCGACUACGCCGAGGGGUAUUUCGCGCUUUCGUACGAGGGCGCUAUGCAAAUCUGCUUCUUUGCGCCAGGACACUUUGAUCCGGCUAUCCUAAGGUUAGCGUAUGAGAGCAGUAGCCCCAUAACGGUCGGUGAGCUGUUCACCAUCGGGGGGGAAAUCGGGCAACUCAAUGCGUUUGCGAAGCCUGCUUUCGUCAUCGCCGGUGGUAAGUCUGAAGAAGAAAAAACUCCUCACGGGAGAUGUCCCCCGGCUGAUGGCAAUUCUGCCUUGAUAGAAAGAGACCUCAUAUUCUGCGGGGGUGAUUGCUAUGCAACUGGCAUUCCCGAGCUGCCCUCGAUCCCGGCUGCGUUUGGUUUUCUCCUCCAGGGAGCGACCCCGUUCGAGGCCGCCGUAGUUAACGACACGGGGCAUGGUCUGACUCUUGGCUACUCCCAUGUCGAAGUGACUGGCAAGAUCCAAGAGUUUCUAAGCGAGAACGGCUUGGCCAACAAGGCUUCUUGUUCUUGA